AAAAAACAAGCUGCCGUGGUUUGGACCCCUUUGGCCUUCCAUAUGGCAGAUUUUGGAGGGCGGCUGUUCCGCACCCGCACAGGCCACUUCAUCACCAUUGUUGUGAUCUGCUUCGGUAUAAAUGCGGACUGAACCCUGUUUAUCAAGACAAACCUGGACAUUACUUUUUAGAAAAAAAAAAAAAACCGACACGAUACGAUAAGAUAAUUGGAAAUCAUUUUUUCUUGUUGAUUUGCAGCUGCUCUCACAACUCUCACAUCAAUCACACCAUCUCUCCAAAAUCUGGAGAUCUCGGUGCGUAAAAAGCGCGUUUAUUUCUCAAGGACACAAGAAUGGAAGCAGGGCGUCGGAGAUCCUGAAGUCUUCAGUCCUACAUGCGAUCUUUAGUUGUGGAUCAUGGACGUGAUCUAAAGUGUGUGUGUGGUGUGUGUGUGUGUGUGUGUUAUGAGUGAACAGUCAGCAGUGUGAUGAUAGGAGACGCGAUGACGCUGCUGUCUCUUCUGGGUCGCAUCAUGCGUUAUUUCUUGCUCCGGCCGGAGACUUUGUUCCUCCUGUGCAUCAGCCUGGCUUUAUGGAGCUACUUCUUCCACACGGACGAGGUGAAGACCAUUGUCAGGUCCAGUCGGGACGCCGUCAAGAUGGUCAAGGGCAAAGUAGCCGAGAUGAUGAUGAUGCAGGACAUGAACGGCGGAGGCCUGCAAGUGAUGGAAGGGGAGUUCUCCAAGACUUGGGGCUUCAAUAGCCACAACGUGGCCGUGUAUUCCAUCCAGGGCCGCAGAGACCACAUGGAGGACCGUUUCGAGGUGCUCACAGACCUCACCAACAGGAGCCACCCGUCCAUAUUUGCCAUUUUUGACGGCCACGGUGGUGAGGCGGCUGCUGACUACGUGAAGGCUCACCUGCCCGAGGCACUGAAGCAUCACCUGCAGGUUUACGAGCGCGAGAAGAAGGACAGCCAACUCUCGUAUGCCUCCAUUCUGGAGCAGCGCAUCCUCGCCAUAGACCGAGACAUGGUGGAGAAGUUCUCUGCCUCACACGAGGAAGCAGGCACUACGUGUUUGGUGGCUUUGCUCUCUGAUCGAGAGGUGACGGUGGCGAAUGUUGGAGAUUCGCGUGGCGUGUUGUGCGAUAAGGACGGAAACGCUGUGGCUUUAUCUCACGACCACAAGCCCUAUCAGCUGAAAGAGCGCAAGAGGAUCAAACGUGCAGGUGGCUUCAUCAGUUUUAACGGCUCGUGGCGAGUUCAGGGCAUCCUGGCCAUGUCACGUUCUCUGGGCGACUACCCGCUAAAGAACCUCAAUGUAGUGGUGCCUGACCCUGAUGUCCUGACCUUCGACCUUGACAAACUACAGCCUGAGUUCAUGAUUCUGGCCUCGGACGGACUGUGGGACGCAUUUAGCAACGAAGAGGCGGUGCGCUUCGUCCGCGAACGCCUCGACGAGCCGCACUUCGGAGCCAAAAGCAUCGUGUUACAGUCAUUCUACCGUGGCUGCCCCGAUAACAUCACUGUCAUGGUGGUAAAGUUCAAAAGCACCAAGAACGGAGACUAGCGCUUCAUUUUUCCCUCUAGGACUUUUCUACGUAUAUAAACACGACUACAUGCUUCCUAAGAAUAUUGUUUUUUUUCCAACGUGCCAAACGGACGACAUUUUAAAACUUUUCCGUAAUUUAACCUGACUGACGCUGACCCGAAGGAGAAGUGGCAACAAAUUGGCAAUUGUCCAUGCAUUUAUUUUUUUAUUUAAUAUAAAAUCUAUCUAAUUUUUUGCCUGAACAUAUCAUAUGGGUCUUGAAUUAAUUACAUGGAUGCUGCUUGUGAUCUGCUAAACCCCAGUGCUUGGGUUAAAACUAAUCUUGGUGAUUAAAAUAAAAGAAAAGACUUUA